GAGCUCCUAGGGCCGCUGCACAGGCGCGCGGAGGGGGCCAUAAAAGCUGCAGCAGCAGCAGCGGCGCAGAGACGCGGAGCUCGCCCACCACCCCCAGAGCAGCGACCCACCAUGCACGUGAACGGCAAAGUGGCCCUGGUGACCGGCGCGGCGCAGGGCAUAGGCAAAGCCAUCGCUGAGGCUCUGCUGCUCCACGGCGCCAAGGUAGCGUUGGUCGAUUGGAAUCCUGAGGCAAGUGUAAAGUGUAAAGCUGCCCUGGAUGAGCAGUUCGAACCUGAGAAGACUCUGUUCCUCCAGUGUGAUGUGGCUGACCAGAACCAACUGAGAGAGACUUUUAGAAAAGUCGUAGACCAUUUUGGAAGAUUGGAUAUUUUGGUCAAUAAUGCAGGAGUGAAUAAUGAGAAAAACUGGGAACAGACUCUGCAAAUUAAUUUGGUUUCUGUUAUCAGUGGAACUUACCUGGGUUUGGAUUACAUGAGUAAGCAAAAUGGAGGUGAAGGUGGCAUCAUCAUCAAUAUGUCUUCAUUAGCAGGACUCAUCCCUGUUGCUCAGCAACCUGUUUAUUCGGCUUCAAAGCAUGGCAUCGUGGGAUUCACACGCUCAGCUGCGAUGGCUGCUAACCUUAUGAAGAGUGGUGUAAGGCUGAAUGCCAUUUGUCCAGGUUUUGUCAACACACCUAUCCUUGAAUCCAUUGAAAAAGAGGAAAAUAUGGGCCAAUAUAUAAAAUAUAAGGAUCAGAUCAAGGCUAUGAUGAAAUUCUAUGGACUUUUGGACCCAUCAACCAUUGCCAGUGGACUAAUAACACUCAUUGAAGAUGAUGCUCUCAAUGGUGCCAUUAUGAAGAUCACGGCAUCUAAAGGAAUUCAUUUCCAAGACUAUGACAUCUCCCCAUCUUUAGUAAAAACUCCAUGAACAUCUUAAGCAUGAGCCAUAACUGAAAAUAUGCACGAGUGACUCACUCAGACUG